AUGUCUUCUUCCAGCAAUGUCCAGAAGGAUGGUGAUGUUGAGAUGAGCGACGCCGCCGGUGCAAGUCCGUCGGUUCUUCCUGCCGCUGACGAGAAUUCCUCUGCUCGCGCUGCCGCUAGGGCUGUUCCAUCUCACAUUGCGGAGUUUUUCUCCUUCCAAAGUGAGAUGGCCCGUUGCGAGGUUGAGGAUAUGGCGAACCCCACAUGUGGCGUAUCUCCAAGACCUGAGGUUCCAGUCGAGGCCCUAACUCCCGAGGUUCUCCCUGUGUGUGACACCAUCCCUGCUGGUGGGGUGGUUACCAUGGACGUGUCGGUGCCUGAGGUCGAAAUUCAGCCAUCCGGUUCCUCUACGACUCCGGCUUGUGUUGUUGAUACCGAACCGGUUAACGAGUCGAUGCCUCCUCCCCCAGCCAAGAGAGUGAUCGUCUUAGGGCUGCCUGCUCCGAGCGCGACUCCGGCUGCUGCGCCGAAGAGUCGCAAGAGGUCGAGUACUAACCCGGAUGCAGCCAAGAGGAAGAGAUGCACCGAAGCUGGCGCUUUGCCUAUCAAGGUGUCUGGUUCGGGUUUGUCGUCGCGACAUCGCACCAAGGUUUGUUUCGAGCAAAAACCUUCUCUCUUUCUUAGUGCGCUCGUGUGA